GACACCUGUUUCCGGUUUUAUUAAAGUUGUAAGAAAUUUAAAGAUUUCAUCAAUAUCACCUUGUUUAUUAUUAUUGUAAGGUUUUUUUUUUAUAGAAAGACUUGUACACGUAUUUUACGAAACUCCAGACGAAGCCUGUGAAGUGUGAAGUGUAAAUAUUUAAUCCUGUGUAUUAACAAUGGGUGAUCAAGAUGCAGAUGAAGAAUAUGAAAUUUUAGAUCUAACGAAAUAUGACGAGAAAUGGGUGAAUAAAGUAUUUGGUGAUAUAUCAAAACAGUCUGCAGCCAAACAGUUAGUUGUUGGUACAGGAUCUGGAUGGGUAGCUGGUUGGUUAUUUGUUAAAGUAGGGAAGGUAGCAGCAGCAUCUAUAGGAAUGAGUGUUUUACUGAUUCAGAUAGCACAACAUCAGGGUUAUAUUAAAAUCAACUGGAAUCAAGUUGAGAGAAGUAUGGGUCAGGCAAGAAGAAAGUUAGAAAAAACAGCAAGAAGACAUUAUCCAGGAAUGUUCUCAAAUGUUCAAGCCUUCUUUAGACAGAAUAUAAUAUUAGCAGGUGGAUUUGCUGGUGGUUUUUUAAUGGGUAUAGCCUUUUAAUGAUCAACUGGAUAAAGUAACAAGGCUCUGGUGCUAUGGGAUUCCGUCAGAAAACAAGAACACUUGCACAACCUCCCAUUUUUGGGGGAAGUGCCCUUAGUAAACAAUUACUGUUAUACUUUCGUACAUUAGGUACUUAUUGUAAUGUGGGUGUGGGGUUCAUAUCUUCAAUAUAUUUAUAGCCCUGAUCCUUUGUUUAUAAAACUUAAAUCUCUUAGAAAUGGUUGUUAAUGAAGAAAAUCAGUUGGUCAAUGAGACAACACCAUGCUCACUGAGCUACCAUUGUCAGUACAAUGUAUUUUAGAUUAUCAGUACAAUGUAUUCUAGAUUGUCAGUACAUCAUAUUCUGGAUUGUCAGUACAAUGUAUUUUAGAAUGUCAGUACAAUGUAUUCUAGAUUGUCAGUACAUCAUAUUCUAGAUUGUCAGUACAUCAUAUUCUAGAUUGUCAGUACAAUGUAUUUUAGAUUGUCAGUACAAUGUAUUCUAGAUUGUCAGUACAACGUAUACUAGAUUUUCAGUACAGUGUAUUCUAGAUUGUCAGUACAAUGUAUUCUAGAUUGCCAGUACAUCGUAUUUUAGAUUGUAAGUACAAUGUAUUUUAGGUUGUCAGUACAAUGUAUUCUAGAUUGUCAGUACAAUGUACAGUGAGGCCAGAUAAUAUGAUUUUCACUUUCUCCAGGUCUUGAUCAAUAAAAAGCCAUUUGAAUCACGUGUAAGAUGUGUUGUUUAAAAUCUCAAAACUUGAAUACUUGGAAUUAAAAACUUUUGAACAGUACAGCCAAGUACUUGUGGUUAUUAAGGAAGUCUUUUUCUGAAUAAAUAAGCAGGAACAUUUUUUUACUUGUGUUCCCAAAGAAUAUCAAAUUAGUUGUGGCCUGAAUUGUUUAUUCGUUUAAAGAUACAUUAGUUAAGAGUUUCAUAAAGAGUUGGCCAUUCUUGCUGUAACAAUUCAAAAAUAGAUGAUAAAAAAAGAAAAUAUUGAAAAUUUCAGUCAAAUUACUUUAUUCUGAACGGAGUUGUAACUGUUGGAAGUUUGGACUAGAAAUAGGCAUCAACUGUGUCCGCACCGUCUCCGAGAAUUGACGAUCGUUUGAUUGACAGAGGAUAACUCCACCUACAUAUUCUCGAUUAUCAAGUAAUAUUCUCAAUGGCUAUGGUACCCUCGCUUGGCAUGCCUUUCAUCGGCUGUCUCCUGUAGUGACAUCAGUGACUAACGGUAAACAUCAGCUUGGUCAGCCAUUUAAUGAUUUAAUUAUAAAAUGGACGACUGCUUGAGUUGAUUUUGAGCUUGUUAUGUAAAUAAAGGUCUAAUUUAUAAUUUCUAUAACAUCUGAAACCUAAAGAAAGACUUGAAAUAGGCAGAUUUAGCUCUUAAACAUGCAUUAUACAAGAUCUAAAUCUGUCUAUUGCAGGUCUUUCUUUAGGCCUGAAAUGUUAUCUAAAUUAUUAAUUAGACAUUAAUUAACCUAUCCAGGCCAUAAUCAACUCUAGAUGGCAGCGCUAGCCUGCGAUUUUUAGUGGAUUGUAAGCCGAUUUACUGCAUAACUUUCCUUCUCGAUUAAACGAUUAAAUGGAUAAUCGAGACUAUGCUGUUUAUCGUACUGACUUUAGUAAUGAUGACCGAGGCUUAUGGGAAUUUCAGUCGCUUAGUUCUCGGUUCAUAGUGGAUCAAUUUGAAUGAAAUUUUCACCAAAUUGCCUUUACAUUAUCUAGUUUUUAACUGUUAUAGUGAGAACUGCCAACUCGUUACCGAAUCUCCCAUAAUGUAUCUUUAAUUAAUGUAUCUUUGAUGUGUAGGUGGCCAUACUGUACGGAAAUGAAUCUAUAUGAAAUGCCCUACAGUAGAUAAAUAAGCUAUUUUAGGUUAUACAUAUGUAGAUAUUUGUAUAUUAUUGUAAAUAAUGUAUGUUUUUCUCUGAAUUUUAUUUCGUUUGUAGAUAUAGAGAUUUAUUAUUUUCGGCAAGUGUCGAUAAAACAUGUUAUUUUUUUUUUCUAUAAAAGAUAUUUCUGAAAUAUUUGAUAUUUGUUCUAAAUAAAGCCUCAUUAGCCCAGGUUAGGAGCAGAACAGUAGGACGUUAAACUCCAUUUCAUUUCAUUUCAUUUCUAAUUAAAGCAAUGGAACGUUAACCUGAAUAGAAGAUUAAGAAAGUAGUUAAGUUCAGUAGAUCUGAUAUGUUAUUGGUCAUAGUACAAGCUGUAGACCAAUCUGAUUCAAACACAGAUCCUAUUUCGUUUCAUUUUUUAUAGUUCAAAACUUCAUUUUACUUGUCUUUACUACACUAGGAUCUAGAAGAGUUGUUAUAUUACCUGCGUUCUAGUUGAUGUGAGGAAUUAGCCAAUGAGACGGUCUGUUACGGCGUGUGUAAACUCCUAGACACGUCAACGCUGAUUGAUUAAUCAAUGUCUGACAUCAUAGGGUCAAAAGCUGCUUAUAUGACCCCUGACACGACUGAUCAGAUCUUUAUGUAGUGUAUAAAAAAACGAAACGAAAUAUUGAUUUGUAUUUAUAUCAGAUUGUACCUUUCAAGGGAUAAUCUGUGAAGAUUUGGGAUGUUGAUGUUUAUCACUUUUAAAUUUUCAACUCGACAGAGUAAGCAGAGAUUAGUCUGUUUGCUAAGUUUAGUUUCAUUUUUGACUUAAAACUGUCGACGGUUGAUGUUUAUCACUUUUAAAUUUUCAACUCGACAGAGUAAGCAGAGAUUAGUCUGUUUGCUAAAUUUAGUUUCGUUUUUGACUUACAACUGUCGACGGUUGAAAAAUCAGUUGUGUUUGAACAUGGACUCAAUAUACGAAGAUAAAAAAAUUUAUGUUGAAGACUACUCAGUUCACAAAGUUUAUCAACAGAACUCAUUAAAUUCUAUCAAAUCUUAGGCAUUAGCUCUUUUGAGAUCUUUGCCAUUAGUUAAAAAAAUAAUUUCGUCGGAUUUGUUUAAUAUAAAUUUUAUGAGUAAUCUAGGACAAAUUUGGCUACUCGUGGCUGAGACAUUGAAGUUUUAACUAGCAAUUUAUGAGUUCUAUAAUUUUUAAAUUGUUUUCAAGAAAUGUAAUGAACACUCGCUCCAAAUACCGUACUCCAAGUAUGUCAGUAAUUGGAUUUCCAAUAAUUGAUUAUGUCUAAUGUUAUUUGAUAUAUGAUAUUUUUCAAAAUAAAUUAUUUAUGUUCCUGGUGAAACUUUACUCUGCUUUGUUCUACAACUUUACUUUGCUUUGAAAGUUAUUAUCAGGCCCGUAACUAGCGGGGGGAGGGGAGGGAAAGGGGGGGGGCGCAGUCCCCGAAGCCCAACCGCGCUUUUUCCAUUGAACGCAAUACGAAGCCAAUGAAACCUAGUGACAUUGGUUGGGCUGCCCCCCUCCCCCAGCUAGCUACGGGCCUGAUUAUGCCUUAAUGAUUGUUGCUAAAUCCUUUUAAUUUUGAUACAGAUUAAACUGGGUUAUUUUAUUAGUCAUGGUAUUAUUUUGAGAGAAUAUUUGGUUGUGUAUGUAAAUAGAUGAUAACUGUACCAAUGGAUAGUAUUAUUUGUUGCCUGUAGUACUAUAGGACUUCUUCUUGUUGUGUUUACUUUCUGGUGAUCUUUAAUAAGACUACAGCAUAAAAUAGUUUCACAACUUCAUUUCUAAGUUGUACUGGCUUUGCAGGUUCCUCGUUCUCAAUGAUAAUGGCUGGUAGGAAUUUCUGGGUGAGCUCUAAUCCAGCUCGCCUCUACACCCUAAUUUAUACCCGCUAAUUUCUGCAGGUCUUCGAUAACCUUGACGUUAAUUUCCACGCCAUAUAAGGAAUAAAACUCUUUAUUUCCCACAAAUAAGAUAGGAAACAUUACCUAUUUUUGGUCUAUCAACCAUAGGUCAAUAAACAGCCAGAAUUUGAUGACUAUUUUGACAAUAGUUUGAUCCAGAUCCUACGCAGAUGUACCAGCCUGUCCAGCUUUUCUACUUAUUUAAGGGAGUGUUGCCGUACCCCUCCUCGUUUUCUAUUUUGACAAUGAUUAUAAUUUGACCAAAAUAUCACUGUUUUUUACGAAUAACUAUACCCACGUUCAUUAAGUACGUGUGAUUUGACUUUAUAGACAAAACUGAAGAGACAAUUUUAUAAAGACCCAAAAUUGUCUCAAGGGCCAAAGUGUUACAUGCCGUUUCCUUUUUAAGUAUAAAAUCAGCGAUAUUCUAUGAAAGAUAUUAAUGUAAAAAUAUUAAUGAUAUGAACCAAGCUGAUUAAAAUACAGAUCUAUAUUUCGUGUCGUUUUCUUAUACCAGUGAUUCUCAACCAGUGUGACGCGAAAUUUUGAACGGCACACUAAGAAAAUGUGAAAAAACAUGUGAUCCCAAUUGAGUAUUCAUUGGUGUCUACUGAUAAGUUCAUAGCUAUGUUUUUCUUUAUUUAGUUUGAGUCAUUCUAUGUUUCUAUGACUAGUCUCUGUCUACGGUUGUAUGCCGUCUGACUUAUCAUGUGUUCUGAACUCUAAAAAACCAAAAUGAAAUAGGAUCUGUGUUUUAAUCAGAUUGGAUAUAGUGAAGUCUAGAAGGUUAAAAACAAUUUAUGCCAAGAAACUUCAUAUAAAGAUGUUCAUUCUAAAUGAAUUACUCUUUAUUACAUACAUGGCAUGCUUAAUGUUUUAGGACCAUCUGAUAACACUUCUUGUUUAUUUGGGAAUCUAUCUUACUAAAAUUCUUUUGUAUUACUUUUGUGUUGCAAACUUUUUUUGAUUGAUGUAUAAAAUAUGCUUUUAAUUAAUAAGAUUUAUUAAUAGAUAUUUAUGAAUUAAGACAAUUUUUGUUAUGAUUUUGUCACAUCAUGUAAUAAGUCAAAUACUCAGUGCAAUGCAAUAUAUAAACAAUAUAUCAACCCUUGGCACAACUGUUUUUAAAUAAAAUAUUAAAA